AUGUAUACUUUUUCCAAAAAAAUCGAACUCAUUCCUAAUGUGAGAUCUCACACCACACAAGUCUCCCCCUUCUUUCUAAGCAUGGCAGCUUGGGCCGCGCUGCGCCGCCUCCGCUCACCGCGGCUCCGCCUCGCCUCCACCUUCACCCACCACGGCGCCGCCGCCGUCUCCGCCACCGACGCGUUCAUCCAUGUCCAAGACCCGAACCGCCGCAUCGCGGAGCUGGCCGCCGCGGGGCGCGUCCCCGACGCCCGCAGGCUGUUCGACCGGACGCCGGACCGGGACGUGGUGUCCUGGACGGCGAUGGUCGCGGCGUACGCGCGCCAGGGCCAGCUCCACGAGGCCAGCGCGCUGUUCCACCGCCCCGACGCGCGCCGGAACGUGGUCACCUGGACGGCGCUCCUCUCCGGCUACGCGCGGGCGCGCCGCGCCGACGAGGCCAGGGCGCUGUUCGACCGGAUGCCCGAGAGGAACGUCGUGUCGUGGAACACGAUGCUGGAGGCCUACGCCUCCGCUGGCCGCACGGGGGCCGCGUGCGCGCUGUUCGACAGCAUGCCGGUGAGGGACACCGGCUCCUGGAACAUCCUUCUGGCCGCGCUGGUGCGGUCUGGGACCAUGGACGAGGCACGGAACCUGUUUGAGAGAAUGCCCGAGAGGAAUGUGAUGUCGUGGACGACGAUGGUCGCCGGCCUUGCACGGAGCGGGAGCGUGGACGAGGCUCGAGUGCUGUUUGAUGGCAUGCCGGAGAGGAAUGUUGUUUCCUGGAAUGCCAUGAUCUCUGGAUACGCCCGGAACCUCAGGAUCGAUGAAGCUCUUGAUCUGUUCAUGAAUAUGCCCGAGAGGGACGUGGCUUCUUGGAACAUCAUGAUCACCGGUUUUAUCCAGAACAAAGAUUUGAAGAAGGCACAGGAGCUCUUUGACGAGAUGCCUAAAAGGAAUGUAGUCAGCUGGACUACUAUGAUGAAUGGUUGCUUGCAAGGUAAUGAGAGCGAAAUGGCACUGCAGGUAUUUAACGGUAUGCUCGUUGAUGGGAUCAGACCAAACCAGGUGACGUUUUUGGGUGCGGUUGAUGCGUGCAGCAAUAUCGCCGGACUCAGCGAAGGGCAGCAGGUGCAUCAGAUGAUAUGCAAAACACCAUUUCAGUUUGAUAAUUUUAUCGAGUCCACACUCAUGAAUUUAUAUGGCAAAUGUGGAGAAAUUAGAUUGGCAAGGAAGGUGUUUGAUCUCUCAGGGGAGAAGGACGUAAUAUCUUGGAAUGGCAUUAUUGCAGCAUAUGCACAUCAUGGGGCUGGUGUAGAAGCUAUAGCUUUGUAUGAAAAGAUGCAAGAAAAUGGGUAUAAGCCUAAUGAUGUCACAUACGUGGGAUUGCUCUCAGCAUGUAGCCACUCUGGUUUGGUCGACGAAGGGCUUAGGAUAUUUGAAUACAUGGCAAAGGAUAAGUCCAUUGCAGUGCGGGAUGAGCAUUACACUUGCUUGAUUGAUCUCUGUAGCCGAGCCGGGCGACUUGAUGAUGCCAAAAGAUUAAUCAACGGUCUUAAACUUAAGCCUACAUCCAGUACUGUAUGGAGUGCGCUUCUAGGUGGGUGUAACGCACAUGGAAAUGAAAGCAUCGGUGAUUUGGCAGCAAGAAAUCUCUUAGAAGCAGAGCCUGAUAAUGCUGGAACCUACACUCUCUUGUCUAACAUUUAUGCUUCUGCUGGUAAGUGGAAAGAAGCAGCAAAGAUUCGGUCUCAGAUGAAUGAUCGAGGACUAAAGAAACAGCCGGGAUGUAGUUGGAUUGAGCUGGCAAAUAAGGUGCAUGUAUUUGUAGCACGUGACAAGUCCCACAGUGAGUCUGAGUUGAUUUAUAGUCUGCUGCAAGAUAUUCAUCACAUGAUGAGGAUGGCUGGCAGUGAUCCCAGGGACCACAUGCAGCUUAUGGAUGAGGAUCUGGUGGAUCUUCAAGCAUAA